GAAGGGAAUGAAGAGAUCAGAAACAUGAUCCAGAAUUACAUCAAAGAGAUCGAGGAGCUCAGGGCAAAGCUACUGGAGAGUGAGGCUGUAAAUGAAACCCUGCGGAAGAACCUGUCCCGUGCCUCCACGCGCUCCUCAUUUUACGGUCCGACCUCCAUUACCCCCGGCCACCUUGCACCCGAAAAAGACGCCACAGAAAUCAUUGAAAUCGCAAAGAAAGACCUGGAGAAACUGAAGAAAAAGAAGAAGAAGAAAAAGAAGAGGUAAGCUACUGACAUUGAUGCUUAUAACCAUGCAGCUGAGGAACACGAAACUCCGAUUUCCUUUUUAUCCCUGGACAAAGGAGGGUGUGUCAGGGAUGGUUCUGGUCUGCUGUAUGCCUCAAAUAUGUGGUAUACAAUUUCUAUGCUUCCUCACAGGCAUCCUUAUUGUGAUGACUUGCUUCCAAUAGGAAACAUUGGAAAAAUGCUGUAAAGCAAAUGCAUUCAUGUGUGACUGUCCAUCUUUGUCACAAGUUCUACUUCCCUGACAUUUUCACACACAUGCAUUUGUCAGCUUGGUUAUAUCAG